CUGGAGAGUUCUAGAAAGCGCCACAAUUGUGUUUUUUUAUUAUUAUUAUUAUUAUUUAAAUUUUCUCUUAUUUAAACGCUCUCUUCCAUUUCAAUUCCAUUGCUGAAGCUCAAAGACACGAGAGAUAGCUAGAAAGAUCGCGAGGUAAAUUGUCGAAAGGAUGAGUGUAGUGGGGUUUGAUAUUGGCAAUGAGAACUGUAUUGUUGCGGUGGCGCGGCAGCGCGGCAUUGAUGUUGUUCUCAAUGAAGAGUCUAAGCGUGAAACCCCCGCCAUUGUUUGUUUUGGCGAGAAGCAGCGAUUCAUUGGCACUGCAGGGGCUGCUUCCUUGAUGAUGAACCCAAAGAACUCUAUUUCUCAAAUAAAGCGCUUCAUUGGAAAGAAAUUCUCUGACCCGGAGCUUCAGUCUGACUUGCAGUUAUUUCCUUUUCUGGUGACUGAAGGGCCUGAUGGGUUCCCUCUGAUCCACGUGAGGUAUCUUGGUGAGCAGAGGGUCUUCACACCCACUCAAUUGCUUGCAAUGAUUUUUUCAAAUCUUAAGAGCAUAGCCGAGCAGAAUCUUAAAAUGCCAGUUGUGGAUUGCUGCAUUGGGAUCCCAGUGUACUUCACUGACCUACAAAGAAGAGCUGUGAUGGAUGCUGCCACUAUUGCAGGGCUACACCCUCUCAGGUUGUUUCAUGAAACUACAGCAACGGCGUUGGCUUAUGGAAUUUAUAAGACUGACUUGCCCGAGAAUGAUCAGGUCAAUGUUGCCUUUGUUGACAUUGGCCACGCGGAUAUGCAGGUCUGCAUUGCUGGUUUCAAGAAGGGGCAGCUGAAGAUUCUGUCUCAUGCGCAUGAUCGGUCUCUUGGUGGUAGGGACUUUGAUGAGGUUCUCUUCAAGUACUUUGCUGCAAAGUUCAAGGAAGAGUAUAAGAUUGAUGUUUAUCAUAAUGCUCGAGCCUGCCUCAGGCUCCGUGCUGCGUGUGAGAAGCUUAAGAAAGUAUUGAGUGCAAACCCUGAGGCACCCCUGAAUAUUGAGUGCUUGAUUGAUGAAAAGGAUGUUAGAGGUUUCAUUAAGAGGGAGGAGUUUGAGCAGAUAAGUGUCCCUAUUUUGGAGCGGGUUAAGGAGCCACUGGAGAAGGCAAUAACUGAGGCUGGAUUGACUCAGGAUAAUAUUCACUCAGUUGAAGUUGUUGGAUCAGGGUCUCGUGUGCCAGCAAUUAUCAGGAUAUUGACAGAGUUCUUUUGUAAGGAACCUAGGCGUACUAUGAAUGCAAGUGAGUGCGUAGCUCGUGGUUGUGCUCUCGAGUGUGCCAUUCUCAGCCCCACGUUCAAAGUGCGGGAAUUUCGGGUCUAUGAUAGUUUUCCCUUCUCUGUUGCAUUGUCUUGGAAAGGAUCUUCCUCUGAUUCACAGAAUGGAGCAGCUGAUAAGCAGCAUACGACAGUAGUAUUCCCCAAAGGGAACCCAGUACCUAGUACCAAAGCUCUUACCUUUUAUAGAUCUGGCACAUUUUCAGUUGAUGUUAUUUAUGCUGAACAGGAUGAUUUGCAAGCAGCAACGCUGAUCAGCACAUACACAAUUGGGCCUUUCCAAUCCACUAAAGGGGACUGUGCAAAAAUUAAAGUAAAAGUCCACUUGAAUCUCCAUGGGAUAGUUUCUGUUGAAUCAGCAACUAUGUUGGAAGAAGGAGUUGAAGUUCCAGUAUCAGCUGUGAAGGAGCCAGAGAAAGAAGCUGUGAAGAUGGACACUGAUGAGACUGCCAAUGACUCCACUACUGCUCAAAGUGAUGUGAAUAUGCAGGAUGAUAAGAAUGCAGAAGAGGGUUCUGGUGCUGGGCUUGAAAAUGGAGUGCCAGGUCCCGAAGACAAGCCUGUGCGGAUGGACACAGAUGCCAAGGCACCGAAGAAGAAAGUUAAGAAAACUAAUGUUCCAGUUAUAGAAUCAGUCUAUGGCAGCAUGUUAGCUGCAGAUUUGCAGAAGGCUGUGGAGAAGGAGUUUGAAAUGGUCCUCCAAGAUAGGGUGAUGGAAGAAACAAAAGAUAAGAAGAAUGCUGUUGAGGCGUUUGUUUAUGAUAUGCGAAACAAGCUUCAUGACAAAUAUCGUGACUUCGUAACACAAGCAGAGGGUGAAGAGUUCACUGCAAAAUUGCAGGAGGUUGAGAAUUGGCUUUAUGAAGAUGGUGAGGAUGAAACCAAGGGUGUGUAUGUUGCUAAGCUUGAAGAACUCAAAAAGCAAGGUGAUCCUAUUGAAGAGCGGUACAAUGAGUUUACGGAGAGAGGGCCUGCCAUUGAUCAACUCACAUAUUGCAUCAAUAGUUUCAGAGAAGCAGCUUUGUCUUAUGAUCCAAGAUUUGAUCACAUUGAUGAAGCUGAGAAGCAAAAGGUCAUCAAAGAGUGCACAGCAGCAGAAGCAUGGUUGAGGGAGAAAAAACAGAAGCAAGAUGAAUGUCCUAAACAUGCACCCCCAGUUCUUCUUUCAGCUGAAGUGAAAAGAAAGGCUGAGACCCUGGAUAGGUUCUGCAGGCCUAUUAUGACAAAGCCUAAACCUCCUCCAGCCAAGCCACAGACACCACCGCCAACUGAAACUUCGGCGGAAUCACAAGCCAGUGAUGAGCAGCAAGUUAAAGGCGAUAAUGAGAUGGGGGAUCAGACUGCAACUGAAGCUGAUGGUGAGGCCGCAUCGCUUUCUGAUCAAAUGGAGACAGAUAAAUCAGAGGAUGCAAAUCCUUUAAGCCCCGGCACAUAACUUCUAGUGUCAUUGAGAGGUAUUACAUUUAUCCAAUAUUUUCUAAGGUAUGGGACUAUAGCUGGUAGACAGGCGUUAUAAGAGCGUUUCUUGUUACUUGGUGGGUGUGUUGGUUUGCUCAUUAGAUGUGUGUUGGUUUUCUCCAAGAACCAAAUAUUUUAAAUGAGGUAUAUUUGGAGAACCAUUCCUUUCUCUAAUGGUGUUUGUCUACAAAUUUUUGUUGUUAUGAUAUUUGUUGAGAUCUUCUACAGUUUCA